AGAUUCCUAGAGAGGACACUCUACUAGGCCUUUGUAGCUCUUCCAGCGCAGUUGUAUGGUCAGUGUCUUCGGACAUUGGCCCCAGAGUUGCCACAGGGAACCCAUAGGUUCCUAGAGAACACUCUACUAGGCCUUUGUAGCUCCUCCAGCGCAGUUCCGUGGUCAGUGUCUGUCGGACAUUGGCCAGAGUUGCCCUGGAGGAUCCAGAGAUUCCUAGAGAGGUCUCCUCUCAGGUCAAAACGGUGUUUUUCUUACUUGCGCUUUGCCCAUAUUGGCGGUGGGGCUCUUGUGCCCCUGACCCCAGAGAAUCUGGAGGGACAAGUGUAUAAAUACAAAGUUUAAAACACAUACCAUUUAAUUUUCUUUAAAUCCCACAUUAAAAAUAUUAAAAUGAAUUUUUAAAAGAACCAUUCCCAAACGGUACCCAACUUGCCCAGCAUUUGGCACCAUUGGCUUUGCAGAAGGCCUGCCCUGGGGAGAGCUGGUUUGUUGGCUCUGAGUUCAAAUGGUCCUCCCUGGCCCUGAGUGGGAAAAGGAGCCUCCUGGGCAAUCUUGAUCAGGCGUUGCUUGGGCCUCCUUUCCUUCGUGCGAAUCGUGUCAGGUCUCUCCAGCCAAAGUCCAGCGCCUUCUCUGCCGCGCUGCUCUUUGCCCGCUGCUUCUUCUCCGGCCGUCAGCUGAUCCUAAUAAACUAGAUGGAGAUAAAGGUCUGAAUGCAGGAAGGGUGACUGGCAGAGGUACCCACGCACCUGGCAGGGCUCUCAGGAGUGGCACCCUGGUUUUGGGGCUCCCAGUCCCGUCUCUUGGAGACAUUUCACUUUUUUCAGGCAACAGGGAACGAUGCAGACGUUUGUACAGAUUUCCAGGGACUAAGAGGCUGGCAGCGGAGACGGCCAAGUCAUGGCCAACGACCGGGUGAAGAACCUCCAGAGCGAGGUCGAGGGGGUCAAGAACAUCAUGACGCAGAACGUGGAGCGGAUCCUGGCCAGAGGGGAGAACCUGGACCACCUCCGAAACAAGACAGAGGACCUGGAAGCCACGUCCGAACACUUCAAAACCACCUCGCAGAAAGUGGCCCGCAAGUACUGGUGGAAGAACGUCAAGAUGAUCGCCAUCAUCUGCGUCAUCGUGACCAUCAUCAUCAUCUUCAUCAUCCUCUUUGCUACCGGCGUCAUUCCGACUUAAGCUUUGCUUUCGCCGUGGGAUCCUCUUUGGCCACUCCAUCGUCUCUGGGGCCACUCCGUUUCCUCUCCUUCCUCCUAAUUUUGUAGUCAAGAUUUCCAAUCAGACGACAAGAUGCUGUGGCCAAGGCUGCAGUUCGGAGGAGGCCUUUGGGUCUCCCCAGGACAUCUCCCCACAACUCUUCCGGGGUGCUGCACAGCCGCCUUCUCCGCCGUUCCUCUCCCCAGUUUGGGACAAGUUGUAUUGUGCCUCUGUGUGUUAGCCACUUGCCUUACGUUCUGACCAGGAACAGCUUUUCCAAAUCUCUCAGGGCCUCAUAGAGUCCACCUCCCCCUAAAAACCUCUGGAUUUUGAUGCAAACAUCUUUCCAAAGUGCAAUCCGUUUGCUUAUGUCCAGCAGCCACUAGAUUAUCUUGGUCUCUCCUUCAACUCAGUCCUGAUUUGCAAGUGCCUCCCAUGUUCCUUCAGGGAAAGGGUCUGUGCUACCCUGCGACUGCAACCUUUUGGACAUGGGGUUCCUUCCUUCCUUCCUUCCUUCCUUCCUUCCUUCCUUCCUUCCUUCCUUCCUUCUAUUCAUCCAUCCAUCCUUCCUGCAGGGAAGUGCCAAGGGAAGGCACACCAUCCUGACUGACCAAAGGCAUUCAGGGUAUGCCAUCCCCUCUCCCCAACUUACUAGAAAGCUUGGCUGCAGAAGGAGAUGGCAAUACUGUGGGCCUCCAGAUGUUGUUGAGCUGCCUCCUUGCCCUCCAGCUGUGCUCUCUGGGGCUUCUGGCGGCUGCAACCCAACAACAUCCGAAGCCCCACAGCAUUCCUGCCCUUGAUAAAUACUGUAAGUACUGUGGCAGGGUCCCUCUUUUGUGAGAACCUUUGUGAUCCGGUGUUGGAGAAGGGCUUAAUCUUUGUGUAUUGUAGUGUCCCCUCAAUGCUUUAUAGAAGGGAAACUUUUGUGGGGUUUUUUGGGGGGGGAUUAAAACUGUUGUGGGGCGAGCGUUUCUUUUCUCAAAGGGGUCUCUGCUUUCUUUCCUGUUCUGCUAGCCUGAUAAAUCUUGCUCUGAAGACAUUAAUGGCAGAGUUGUUUCUCUCAAGGAUGGGCCAGAACUUAAGCCUAGGAAGGGGCCAGGUACCCACCUUGACCCCCCAAAAUUAAACUUGUCCACAGCCUUGAUUUGGUGCCUCCGAUCUCCAGUGGGGCCUUCUCUUUUCAUGGGUAACGAUCUGCUAAUUGUAAUAAAUGUAUUUAUAAGUCAUUAGCUUAAUACAGAAAUCAGUUCAGAGGACACUUGCCUCCAUGAUCCUCAUUCCAUGACAAAAGCCAGGGUUUGACUAUAUAUAUAUAUAUAUAGUAGUUUUCAUUGUUCAGCAUUACACACACACACAUAUAUAAACAAUGAAAACUACUAUAUAUAUAUAUAUAUAUAUAUAUAUAUAUAGCGAGAGCUAAACAAUUAAAGUUACUUAAUUAACAACAAGCGACAACUUGUGUUGUCCAAUUCUCAGACUGUGCUUUGUGACAAACAGUGCAAUGACUCAGGGGCCGCGGAAAGGCCUCCGCUUGGGUCCCUCUGGGUUUUUUGGUGCCGUUCUCUUCCAAAGAGAGGAGAGCACUUCUCUCUUCUAGGAUUCUUUUUCUUUUGCGUCAUAUGGAAGUCGGAUUGCGGUGGUUCUCUCUUGCAUGUUAAAGUGGUAACUAACCAGCCUUGAGGAGCGGAGCUAAGCGUUAGUUCCACAAGGUUUGGCAAAGUUAAUGAUUUGCAAAGCCUCUGAGCUCAAGGCUAUGGGAUUCUGGGAGUUGGAGUUUGUUGUGGGGUUGAGUGGGGGGGGAGGUCCGCUCUGGACCCCACAACAAACUCCAACUCCCAGAAUCCCAUAGCCUUGAGCCAAUGCAAUCAAAGGGGUGCCAAACUGGGUUAUUUAUCCAGUGCGGAUGCAGCCAGAGUAUCAUCCUUGCCUUUCAAACAGAGGCUCAGAGGGGGCCACUGGCUUUGCAGGCAUUUGGGAGGAAUGAGUUAGGAGUGACCUGCUGUUACUUGUAAUGAGUUACCUUUUUCUUGCUGUAAUAAAGUCCCAUUUCAAGAGAA